AUGUCGUCAGUGGCCAACAACCACAGUACAUUUGGACAACCACCUCUCAUUCCGCCAGAGAAGCCUUCGCCUUCAAGUGCUAUCCCGAUGACAUUCUACAAGCGCGAUUCCGGAGGCGCCACCAACCCCGAUUGCUACCCCAUGGAUGCCUCAUCCAUGCGGCCACGUCAACCUGAUUACACAGGCUGGUCCCCUCUUCCCAACAUAAGCUCCCCUCAAUGGACUGAGGUGUCCUGUGAGUCAACUACACCUCAUGUUGGAAGCCUUCCAGCCGCACACAGCCUGCUAUCCCAUCCUCCAAAAAGUACUGUUCCAACCACCUCCACAACAGUGAUGACGAACCAAAAUGGGAAAACAUUUACGGCACCUACCUCCACUACCACUCCACUGGGGGCAUAUCCACGAUAUGACGAACAGCAUCAACACUACUCCCCAACGUAUCCUCUCAAACGAGGAUCCUCUUACAGCGGUCCUAGACCCAAUUAUCUAAGCAGUUCAGCAACCGGUGUAAUCCCACAUAUGGAAUACGCGGACGGUCAAGGAGAUCUCUACCACGCCAAAUCGAAUCCGGCUUUUCAGCCUCUUGGUUCGGAUUUGCAGUACAACACCUACAGAUAUGGGAAUACUCGGGACGAAAAAGCCCAACUUCCCGUGAAUGGACUAGUGGUGCGAGGGGCUAAAAUGCCUGGACGGUUCCAGCCCGCUGAUUCAAUGGCCGUUUCACCACCUGCCAGCCUCGCCUCGUCGGAUGGAGAGACAACGGCCAGUUCUUCGGCCACCAGGGGAGCAAGUUCACUCCCUUCAACAGGUGCAGUCUCCACAACAACAACUGCAGUGGUUGCAGCAGCUUCAGUAGUGGCACAACCCAAACGACCACGGAAACCUGCUCCCACCUUGGCCACUGGACGUCGAAAUCUCAAAUCAGAACCAGUUGACCCCGAUGAGGCGGACAGACGAAUGAAACGACGAGAGAGGAAUCGCAAAUCGGCCCAAAAGUGUCGUGAGCGCAAACUCCACCGAACCCAGGAGUUGCAGGCACAGGUGGAGAAUCUCAAUUUGGAGACCACACGUUUGUUGCGUGAAAUGGAGGUGUGGCGUGAUUACUGUCGCAAGUGUGUUGCCCUCCUGCACCAGCACUGUCCCGGUGUCUCAAUCCCCGUUCUUAAUUGUGUGGUGGAGAAUUCGGAGAGCUAUCUGCCACCAGCGCCUGCCGACAGUGUCACUCCGAUGGACGCGGAACCACUGGCCUUCUGUGAUGUGGUUGACCAACCCGAUGUGACCUUUUACAACAAAACACCAGGAAGCGAAGGGUAUGGUGGAUUAAGCGGUGCCAAUAAUAACACCAUCACCACCUCAGUAGCAGCAGCUGCUGCUAGUUCCAACACUGGCCCAUGGAAUGGAAGGGCGUUCUCACAAGUCACUCCCCAAUUGCCACCACUUUCUCAAUUCGUACCGAUCUCAUCGCAAAUGUCCACUGCUGCAUCGUCCGGAACGUCUGUAGCGAUGAAGUCAGAGCCGAGGAUGGGUAAUUUUUGGAAGGGGGAUGAGACAAUAGAACCCUUUCUUGCCGAAGUUAAUCAUGAGGGUAGAGACUCCGAAUGGAAGACAGAAAAUGACACGGACUCCUCAUCAGGCUGUGGAGUUCCACCCCGCUUAAGCACCCCCAACACUAAUGAGGCGGAUAAGACGAGUACACUGAGCUCGUCAUUGUAG